CCAGUACCCCACCCAACCUUUUUCCCAGCUCUAAACAGUAGAGAUUCAGGGUUAGUCCCAGAGUUUUGCUUGGCAUCGCUGGGAGAGGAGGUGCAUUGAGAGAGGAGAGAGAGAGAAAGGUGUAGUCAGUGUGUUCCUGUCUUCCUCCAGUAUGCAGAGAGAGGACCCCUUCAUUUGAAACAUAUUCAACUCUGGAGAGAAACCAUCCCACGGACUGACAGGCUUCUGGUUGCCCUUACCUCACAGGAGCACACGGAGUAGCUGGUAUUUACUGACAGUAGAGAGAGAGAGCACUCUCCUGAGUAGCUGGUAUUUACUAACAGUAGAGAGAGAGAGAGAGCACCCUCCUGAGUAGCUGGUAUUUACUAACAGUAGAGAGAGAGAGAGAGAGCACCCUCCUGAGUAGCUGAUAUUUACUAACAGCAUACAUGCAGCUGCAUUCUUCAACCUCCUGAAGGGAGGAGACGUUUCUCCCAUCUUUUCCAGAAGUCUUUUGAAGGAGUCAGAGUGGUGACUGUUUCAGAGAGGGAAGACGUCAGACCAGAGCUUUAACGACAUAAAACAGACCGUACAGUAACAUCCAGUACCAUCCUCGAAGAGGCCCGGCUGAAGAAGAGGUCUCAGAGGAGAAGAGUUCACAUUAAAACACAGGAAACACCUGCUCCCGGGUUCACCUUUAAGAAACACAAACACACAUUCUCACACACACACACUCACAGGGAGUUUACAGAACUCCCUCACAUUCCUCAAAGGUAGAUAAUUUCCUCUUGAAGGACAACAAUCAACCAAUCAGCUAAUCAUUCAGCCAGUCAGCCAAUCAUUCAGCCAGUCAGCCAAUCAGGAUGUCUCGUUGGGGCCGUAAGGAUGUGAAGAAGACUCCUGAGGUGAUCAGGACCGUAACAGAGGGGCUGAAGUCUCUGUACCGUCAGAAGCUCCUCCCCCUGGAGCAGUACUAUGGUUUCCAUGACUUCCACUCCCCCUCUCUGGAGGACGCAGACUUUGACAACAAACCCAUGGUGCUGGUGGUGGGGCAGUACUCCACUGGCAAGACUACGUUCAUCAAGUAUCUGUUGGAGCAGGAUAUCCCAGGAAGCAGGAUAGGGCCAGAGCCCACCACCGACUGUUUCACGGCCAUCAUGCACGGUGAGGUAGAGGGGGUGAUCCCGGGCAACGCUCUCAUCGUUGACCCCAACAAACCUUUUCGCAAGCUCAACCCCUUCGGAAACACAUUCCUCAACAGGUUCCAGUGUGCCCAGCUGCCCAAUCAGGUCCUGGAGAGCAUCAGCAUCAUCGACACACCAGGGAUCCUGUCAGGAGCGAAGCAGAGGGUGAGCCGAGGCUAUGACUUCCCAGCGGUGCUACGUUGGUUUGCGGAGCGUGUUGACCGCAUCAUCCUCCUGUUCGACGCCCACAAGUUGGAGAUCAGUGAUGAGUUCUCCGAGGCCAUCGGAGCGCUGCGUGGUAACGAGGACAAACUGCGUGUCGUCCUGAACAAGGCUGACAUGGUGGGAACACAACAGCUGAUGAGGAUCUACGGAGCUCUCAUGUGGUCUCUGGGCAAGGUGUUCAACACUCCAGAGGUCUUGAGGGUGUAUAUCGGGUCGUUCUGGUCCGAGCCGCUGCUGGUCCCUGAUAACCGUCGCCUGUUUGAGCUCGAAGAGGAAGAUCUGUUUAGUGACAUCCAGAACCUUCCUCAUAACGCAGCCCUCAGGAAACUCAACGACCUGGUGAAGAGGGCACGACUGGUCAGGGUGCAUGCCCACAUCAUCAGCUAUCUAAAGAAGGAAAUGCCAACCUUCAGGAAGGACAAAAUGAAGAAGAACCUGAUCUACCAGCUUCCUGUCAUCUUCUCAAAGAUCCAGCUGCAGCACCAUAUCUCUGCUGGGGACUUCCCUGACUGCGCCAAGAUGCAGGAGCAACUGUUGAUCCAUGACUUCACUAAGUUCAAGCCCCUGAAGCCGUCCCUGAUGGCCGCUCUGGACGAGCUGCUGGCGUCCGACAUCGCCAAGCUCAUGCCCCUGCUACGCCAGGAGGAGAUUGACGCGGGGGUGCAACCAGGGGUGCAGGGGGGAGCCUUCCUGGGAACCCGCGCCGGGCCCUUCAUGGAGAACGACCCAUUCGGAGAGGUGGAGAAUGGGGGGGAGGAAGGCGAGGAAGAGGGCGAGAUGGCCUGGGUCGUGACCAAGGACAAGCCCAAAUACGACGAGAUCUUCUACAACCUGGCGCCCAACGAGGGCAAGCUGAGUGGCACCAAGGCCAAGGACUGGAUGGUGAGCACCCGGCUGCCAAACUCCGUCCUGGGGAGGAUCUGGAAGCUGUCGGAUGUGGACCGGGAUGGCAUGCUGGAUGACGAGGAGUUUGCCCUGGCCAGCCACCUGAUCGAGGUGAAGUUAGAGGGGCAUGGUCUGCCCCCUGAACUGCCCGCCCGUCUGGUGCCCCCUUCCAAGCGCAGAAUGAAAGGAUCGGAUAUAUAGAGACUAUUACAUCAACCCACCCUGUGGAGCUGACAGUAUAGCCCUCUGACGGCUGACACACACGCUACUGCCCCCCCCCACGUUGUCCUCUUGUCUCCUUGUCUUUAUGUCUGUCAGCCCCUGGGUGUAUCUCGAUAGUCUAUGUUAAGCCCCUGGAUGUAUCUCGAUAGUCUAUGUUAAGCCCCUGGAUGUAUCUCGAUAGUCUAAGUUAAGCCCCUGGGUGUAUCUCGAUAGUCUAAGGUAGCUUCCUCAUAGUGCAGAUGAAUGAAAGGAAAGGAGGAAGGGGAGAUACUUUACGCUAUUGAAAUGCACCCCAAUUUAGUCUUACUGGAUCAUGUGUUUAGCUGAGCUGAGGUCAAAUAAAGGCUAGUGGCCCACACUGCUCUACUCUAUUAUACUAUAUUA